AUGGUGCGGCUCCUUGGUGCUCUGGCCGGGGGCAUGCUCUGGUUUCGGCUACUGUUGUUGUGCGUCGUGGAGUUGGAGCUGGGAGCCGGGGUUUCUACUUUCCAGGGUUUCUAUCUUCCACCUGCGAACGGGUCGCUUCUCGCACCUGCCCGGAGGACAGACGGGGUCGUUCGGACCAUUGACCGGAUAUACAACGGAGGAGGGAAGGUGGGGUACCUGGUGUACCUGGAUGAGAGCCGGUUUCAGCUGGACAUGGAGCGGGACGACUCGGUGCUGUCGCAUCACUUCAGUCCCCAGUAUGUACUCGCUAUGAUGGGGGACAGCCCUGCGCCUCUGCAGCGGGAGUGCGUGUACCGCGGGACAGUGGACUCCAACCCGGAGUCUCUGGCCAUCUUCAACCUCUGCGGCGGGGGUCUCGAGGGCUUCUUCGCCGUAAACCACGCGCGCUACACCAUCACGCCUAUCAUCAGGGCGAAGGGACACGAGCACGACGUGCGCGCCCUGCAGGACAAGGACGCGGAAAGCGCGCUCCACGUGUUCACGCGCGAGAGAUUCAGCUUCGAGGCUAUGCGCGAGGGGCGCGAGAGCUGCGGGACGCGCGACGGGCACAGAGGACGCAGGGAUGCAUCUGGGAAACGCCGGCACAGAGGUCGUGGCAAGGGGAGACGGGGCAGAGAGAGGGUCUCAGCGGAAAACACACAUGACCGCAUUGUGCACGGGCGGAGAUGGUGGAGCCAGCUCGCCUUAGUGCCUGUCCUGAAGACCGGCAACCGGCGCAGGAGGUCAGUGUCUCGCGCCAGGCACGUGGAGCUGCUCCUGGUGGCAGAUGACACCAUGGCCAAGAAAUAUGGCAAGGACUUAAACCACUACCUGCUCACACUGGCCUCCAUUGCCUCCAAGCUGUACGGGCACGCCAGCAUCGAGAACCCCAUCCGACUGUCAGUGGUGAAAGUGAUCACGGUCACUGAGAAGGAGAAGGGGCUGGAGGUGACCAAGAAUGCGGCUGCGACACUCAAGAGUUUCUGCAAGUGGCAGAACCAACAGAACCCGCUGGAUGACGACCACCAGCACCACCACGAUGCAGCCAUCCUCUUCACCAGGCAGGACCUCUGUGGCCACCACUCCUGCGACACUCUGGGCAUGGCAGAUGUUGGCACCAUAUGCUCUCCAGAGAGAAGUUGUGCUGUCAUCGAGGACGACGGGCUCCACGCUGCGUUUACUGUCGCACAUGAGAUAGGUCACUUGCUCGGUUUAUCCCAUGACGACUCCAAAUUCUGUGAGGAGCGUUUUGGAGUGAACAGCGACAAGCGGCUCAUGUCCUCCAUCCUCACCUCCAUCGACGCCUCAAAACCCUGGAGCCGCUGCACCUCAGCAACCAUCACUGACUUUUUUGAUGACGGCAAUGCUGAAUGUCUCCUCGACUCUCCUCGUCAGCCCCUGCUGGGCCCUGAAGAGCUGCCAGGGCAGAGCUAUGAUGCCGUCCGCCAGUGUCGCCUUGCCUUUGGCCCUGAGUACACAGUCUGCCCAGGCAUGGACGUAUGCUCUAGGUUGUGGUGUGCAGUGAUUCGCCAGGGACAAAUGGUGUGUCUGACCAAGAAGCUGCCAGCUGUGGAGGGGACACCCUGUGGGAAGGGGCGCAUCUGCCUGCAGGGAAAGUGUGUGGACAAAACCCGCAAGAAACAUUACUCGGCGUCAAACCACGGCAGCUGGAGUUCUUGGGGUCCUUGGGGUGCCUGCUCCAGGACUUGUGGAGGCGGGGUGCAGUUCGCGCAGCGCCUGUGCAACAAUCCGCCACCACGGAACAACGGGCGCUACUGCACGGGGAAGAGAGCCAUCUAUCGGUCCUGCAGCGUCACACCAUGUCCACCGUCAAUUAAGAGUUUCCGGCAAGAACAAUGUGAGGUGCGCAACGGUCCCCAGACAGAUCCUAAAGGGGUGAAGACCUUUGUUGAGUGGGUGCCAAAGUAUGCAGGAGUUCUCCCUAAAGAUGUGUGCAAGUUAACCUGCAGAGCAAAAGGAACAGGCUACUAUGUGGUCUUCUCUCAGAGGGUGACAGAUGGGACAGAGUGUCGUCCUUACAGCAGUUCGGUGUGCGUGAAGGGGAAAUGUGUACGAACAGGCUGCGACGGCAUCAUUGGCUCCAAGCUCCAGUUCGACAAGUGUGGUAUAUGUGGAGGUGACAGCACAGGGUGUAUACGCGUUUUGGGCAACUUCACCAAGAAGAGUAAAGGUUACACUGAUGUGGUGAAAAUCCCUGCAGGCUCCACACACAUCAAAGUUCGUCAGCACAAGGCCAAGGACCAGACCCGUUACACGGCCUACCUCGCCCUCCGAAAACCCAGUGGCGAGUACCUCCUCAACGGCAAGUUCAUGAUAUCCACCUCCGAGACAAUCAUCCCACUCAACGGUUCGGUGCUCAACUACAGCGGCUGGAGCCAAAGGGACGAAUGGCUUCAUAGCAUGGGUCCAGGGGCCAUCCAAGAAGCCUUGGUGGUUCAGAUUCUAGCGACAGAUGCUAAAAAGCCACUGGAUGUUCGUUAUAGCUUUUUCAUGCCGCGCCGGACAACCCCACAGCAGCCAUCAGCUCCGCUCGUCCCCAACCCAAAAUCACACAGCAGCACUACAACUGUCUCAACCACAACGAGAACCACCACCACCGCCGCCACCACCACCACCACCAGUAGCACCACUACAUCCUCCACCACUCCCCCUGUCCUGGCUCCUACAGGUCCAGGUCCCUCAACGCCACCGCCAGGGCCCAAGUGGAUGACAGGAUCCUGGAUGACCUGCUCCAGGACUUGUGACACUGGUUGGCAGAGCAGAACAGUGCAGUGUAAGGACCAGUAUGGCAAACUGUCCAAAGGCUGCAUGCUGGGCAGCCGCCCCUCUGCCUUUAAACACUGUCUGGUGAAGAAAUGUUGA